AUGAAGAAAUUUGAUAUAUUGGCCUUAGUGGCUGCAGAAGCAUACCAAGAAGAAGUGAAGAAGAAGAGUACAGAGAACAUCGCUGCCCGGAGGCCUAUCGCCGCAAAUUGGGGUUGUACGUCUAAAAGGACUGAAUUCCGUCAUCCUCGCCGGAAGCCCAAGAUGGUUUCUUCCCCUAACAAUGAUCCUCUUCUUCCAGAAAUUAGCGGGUUGGAAUCAGAACCCGGGAAGGUUGGGUCUUUGAAAUUCAGAAUAAAUUCAAAUAAGAAGAUUCAAACCGUAAACAAUGGCCGGAAAGACGACAUUAUUCCUGAUAAUGUCUCAGGGAAGUACAAGAAGGAUACAGGGAAAACAGAGAAAACAGGAGUUAAUCCCAAUUUCAUGGCUUUUAUUCCGUCCCUGGAUUUACCCUUCAAGAAGAGGAAACGAUGGGAAGAAAAUUGCCCUGAUUUACCCCUCACUAAAAUUCCAACCCUGGAUAUGAACAAAACUCCCAAAAUCAGGAUCCAGAAAAAAUGUAAACACAGUGGCCCUGAUCCAGCUCCUGAUUUGCCUGUUGAAUUCAAGAAGAAGAUCCUGGAAAGAGCCGGAUACAGGGAGGUCGAAUCAGAAGUCCUGGUGAUACAGAAGAGAUUGACAAAAACCGAUGUGAAAGGGCAACAGAAUCGUUUCUCGAUCCCUGCAAAUCAGGUGAAAGGCUUUCCCGACAAGGAAGACAAAGAAUUUCUGAAACAGCGCGAUAAAGAUGGCCACUGUAAGGCUAUUCCAGUUGGGAUUAUUGAGCCUCAGGACAAAGUUCAAACGGUGAAUCUGAGAAGGUGGGAGAUGAAGAAGACGAAGGGGGGCCCGAGUAUUGUGUACGUGUUGAAUGGCGACGGGUGGAAGAAUAUCAGGGAUGGGAAUAAACUCCGAGUUGGUAACCUUGUGCAGUUAUGGAGGGUUAAAAUUGAAGGGAGGCUCUGCUUAAUCUUUGUCAAAGUGGAAGAAAACUGA